CAGAAGUCUGCGAGACGUGUUCGGGUCGGAGUGCAAGCCGAAUCCUAACAGCAGCCGCCCGCACGAUAUCUGGCUCGCCAUGUCCCUGGUCGCCACCAGCGUCGUCGUCGGAGCCCGCGCCUCCCAGUGUUCCUCCUCCGCCUCGUCCUCAUCCCGCCUGCUCCCGGCCUUCGCCCGCCGCGCCCGCGCGUACAGGCCCCUCAUGACGCCGGCGGCGGCGGGUUUCGGUAGGGCGCGUCUCCAGGUGCGCGCAGCCAGGUUGGAGUCCACCGGCGUAUCCGUGGGCUUCCGCGCCCCGCAGUUCGAGCUUCCUGAGCCCAUGACAGGAAAGAUCUGGACACUGGAUGACUUCGAGGGUAGCCCUGCUUUGCUGGUUAUGUUCAUAUGCAAUCACUGUCCAUUUGUAAAACAUCUGAAAAAAGAUAUUGCAAAGCUCACCUCUUUCUACAUGGAGAAAGGACUUGCUUGUAUCGCCAUAUCCUCGAAUUCAGUUGUGACGCAUCCCCAGGAUGGUCCUGAACAUAUGAUUGUGGAUGCAGAAAAAUUCAAAUACUCAUUUCCUUAUCUGUACGAUGAGGUCUGUCCUCCACGAUAUGUGUUUCCUGAUGCAGUCCCUGUGUUUUCUUCAGUCUCCAUAACCUUCUUUGCUUACUUUUAUUGCUGCUACUGCACCUUGCAGUCGCAAGAAGCUGCCAAGGCAUUUCAAGCAGUCUGCACACCAGAGUUUUACUUGUUCACAAAGGAUGGACGGAGGCCAUUUGAACUGUUCUACCAUGGUCAGUUUGAUGAUUCACGGCCCGGUAGCAAUGUACCAGUCACCGGAAGGGAUUUAAGCCGUGCGAUCGACUGUGCACUUAGUGGACAAGAAUUGCCUUUUGCGCAGAAACCAAGUGUUGGGUGCAGCAUCAAAUGGAACUAGUGACUGGUAUUGACUAUAGAGCUGGGCAAGGAACGUACGCGUUCUCUUUAUAGAGUAGAAGCUAAGGUGAAAAUAUCGUCGAGGUGAAUUAAUCAUGCAGCUCAACUGUUCAAAGUUUGAAAGCUCAGACAGAUAGAAAAUGGAGAAGAAUCAUCAUAUGUGAAUGUGAUGCUGUGAUAUUUCGGUCUUGUGUAUUUGCCAUGUUGUGACAGGGAGGCAUUAAAUAUAUAUUUAUGCGGUGAUGACA